ACCCAUCAUUGUUUCUGAGUUUUCUUAACUUAUAAUGAAUUUUUUUGAGUUGCAAAAACAUAUGGAAGAUCAUCUGUAUAUAUACAGGUUGAAGAAGAUGGAAUUGGGAAUAAGACCGUUGGGAGAAUAGUUCUUAUUGUGCGCCGUUGAUUUCUCUUUUAUAUUGAUGGUUAGAUAGAUGCCACGUGUUUCUUAUUGACUCAAGUCGAAUCAGCGUUUCAACUUGGUGAUUCAAGUAGAUUCAACUCUAUUUAGUUCAAAUGGCUUUUUAGACCUUUUUGCACUUCCACCUAAGCAAUAACGGCUGUUAACUGGCGUUUAACGUUUUUUGGAUAAAACGGUCAAGACAAUGAUAUUUUAGAAAGUUUAUAAGAAACAGGAGCAUUUUUCUAGUGUAAAGUGAAAAGUAUGUGUACUUUAUCAAAAAGCCCAAUAUCUUUCUCAUACCUCAUAUGUUUUCAACCACGCAGUGCAGGGAUGUAAACCUUCCUCACUAUAAUGUUUGCUCUGAUAUUUUCAGUUAGUCGGACUCGUGGCCUACUGGCGGCUCAGUUGUAAAAAAAAAUUCUCUAACUUCCCAUUCCAAGACAGGGUGGAAACAUCCAUCAUCAGUAAAGUUAAGACCCUUUUGUCAGCUCCGCCAACUAAUAAAUAUUCCCGUCUACCGACCUUUAUCCCCUUUCUUCUUUCCCCCUUUUGCGUUGAUCAUCAUCACUUUCCCAAGAAGAAUCUUCAAUUCCUGAUAAUUAAUAUUACCGAAAUUUUUAAUAUUUGUAUAUGGGUUCUUCAAAUUCAUCUUCAUCUCCAGCUCAAUUAAUCCAUCCAUUAACAUCUCCAAUCCCAGUAGAUCUUUUCGUCUCAAAGAAACGCUCAAGUCUUAACCUCAAAUUCAACGACGCUUGUGGUAAUCUCGUAUUCAGAGUCGAUGAUAAUCAUCAACAACAAUCAAAUCAUGAUAGAGUCCUUCUUGAUUCCGAUGACAACCCUUUAAUCUUCAUCGAUCGGGUUACCCAGGGUGGAUGGGAAGGAUUUGGAAGUGAAGGGCAAUUGAUAUUUAAAGUGGAGAAGAAGUUUGAGUCGAAAUUGUGGAAAGGAGGGAUUGAAUUGGAAGUUUUUCCGGUGAGUAAUGGUGUCGCCGCCGCCGUGAAGGAUGCUGAAGAUGUGAUUAAGGUUAAAGGGAGUCCAUUUCAUAGGUCUUGUACAAUUUACAGAGGCAAUUCAAUUAUGGCUCAGACGAGUCUAUUGUACAAGCUUGGGAAGCUGACAACAGGGAGGAGAAAAUUUAGAGUAACUAUGUUUCCUGGACUUGUUGAUCAGGCUUUGAUUGUUGCUCUCAUUGUUAUAUUUUUCGACUGAUUGACCACCGGAUUUGUUACCAUGGUAGAUAGAUUGGUAGAUUGAUAGAUAGAUCGGCAAGUGAAAUAUCAAAUCUGUAUAACAAUUAGCAUGAAUUGAGUUGUGGAAAAUUUCAAUAGAUUUGUCUAUCUAGAAUGACCAAUUAUCU